AAGUUUCGGGUGCUUUUUAGCCAAGUGUUGCGGCUCAGUCUCGUCUCCAAGCGCAUCCAGCGAUUAUGUGCGCACCGUAACGCUGUAAUUAUCAGCACUGUCGCUCCAGCGUCAAACACUGGAAUGAAUUUAUGCCUCGCGAUCACCGCUCGCUGUAAUUUACGCCUUUAAACUCCCCAGUGGAGGCAUGAAUGAGCCCCUACAGUUGUAACAGGGGCUGUAGACGUGCCAGGACCCCUCAAGUGCAUCAAUUCUUGUCCUCACAAUGGAGGGCCGUCUCCAUGGUGAUCUGAGGUGGUCUGGCCUGACUCCCAGCGAGCGGACGGGACUGGAGGCCAUGCAGUUGGCCUGUGUGCAUAUGUAAUUAACUGAAAUGUGCGCCGUUUAAUAUCAAGAGGAUCACACGUUCUUGGCUCUGAAACAGAUGUAAAGUUUGUUAAGCGGAUGAAAACAUCCAUUUGGAAGUUUGACCCCCGUCGGCCCUGCGGUUGAACCUGAGGUGAGCUAUGACAGUGAAUGCAUCAUCCGGAGGUGCUGGACACCUCGCAUCGCAUGUACAAAAGCACGCAUUCCUGCUGCCGUGUGAAACAGACAACACGAGAUGCCAGAGAACUGCUCCAGCAGGUCGUGUGAGUGUCUCAUCAGCCGCCUGUGAUCCGACGUGAAGCCCGAGGCGCCCGAUGGCUUCAAUGAGCCUGUCAGACUAUUAUUCUAAAUCAGAACCUGGCAACCUGUAUACAGUAUAUUAAAUUACAGUAAAUAUGCUUCUGUUAAUUUGCAGAACACAAGCAAAACAGCAGCCUCCAUCUGUGUUUAGACAAAGAACCAAAGGAGCAACUUGAGCCUAACUUUAAACUUUGUCACAAACAGCCUGUUGGCUAUUUAUUAGGCGCAAACCAGGGAGAGGAGUAGCUUUCUUAAGGCUAAUGUCAAGCAGUGCUCACACUUCUUCCACUGAAAGUCAAACAUCUUCAUUUGCAGCUCAUACACACGGCAGAGGUCUUUGUUCAGCGGCUGUGGGAGUUCACACACAGGAAUGUCCUUUGUGUGCUCACUACUCUAAAGAAUGUUUCUGACAUGUGUCCUAUCGUCCUGUGAUUAUUCCAGUGGCGCCGUUUGUUUGCAUGUUGCAUGAUGGCACUCGCUUCUUGCACCUGCACCUAAAUAUGGGCAGUGGUUCCUGUUGCAGCAGAGCAUGCAAACCUGCACCGGAGGGUGGAGAUAAAAUACGAUUAUCUGAUAGAUUCCCCACGGAGCAUUUCAGGAGCUUCCCUGGAUUCUGGGCCAUGGAGAGUGUGAUGUAAGAGGGGGGCGGAGCCACAGAUUCAAUGGCCGGACUGUGAGUGUUUUGUGGCGUGAUGUGGGCCCCAAUUUGUUGCACCAUUGUGUGAUUGGAUGAGCGCUAAUGUGGUUAAGUAAUCAGGCAGAUUGCUGCUUGGUGCAUUGCUGAGGGCGGACGUGUUAUCUCCUCUGCUCUGGAGGAUUUUCACUCCCGUCGAUGCCCCAAAGGUCUAAAAUCAUGCAAAUUUAGGUGAAGAGCAGGCGUAAAUCUGACCCGUAUCUCUAAAAUCAGGCAGCGCCGGCUGCUGUCAAGGUUUUUCUUUCACAUUUGAAUGGCAAACGAUCUCCUCUGGAGGUGCGUGGAAGCGGAAGGAGUUUUGGAUGCUCCACGGCACCAGCUGGAACCAGCGGAGCAGUCGGCAAGCGUGGGCGGAAACCUGGCCUCAAACCUGGUUCACACCGACCCUGACCCAAAAAAACAGUGGCCGGCGUCGUCCUCCACCAGGCUUCCUGUUCGUCUGAAAGCAUCACUUCCUCUUUCUCCCUGUUACUGCCCGACUACAUCAGCGUAGAACCUUCAUUCGCCUUUUGCAGCAUCUUCGUUUACUAAAACCACUGAACUGAGGUGUGUCAUUGCCAUGGUCCCUUUUUGCAGCAGGGCAGGUUGUUGCUGCAGUGACCUGUCGGCCUCUCUCUGUUCUGGGCUCCUGCCGCUCAGACACUUGCCCUCUGGCCUGUUGUCCCACCGCUGCGGACCCAGACGGUCUCACGCACCCGUCCGUCUGCGUCUGCGUCCCCGUUUGCAUCCCUGUCUGCAUCCUCGUCUGCGUCCUCGUCUCCAUCUGCAUCCGCGUCUGCAUCCGUGUGCGCGUCUGCGUCCGCGUCCAAGUCUGCGUCUGUUUCAGUGUCCGCGUCUGCGUCUGCGUCUGCAUCUGCGUCUGCGUCUGCGUCUGCGUCUGCGUCUGCGUCUGCGUCCUCACCCUCACUCUCCGCGGGCCCUUCCUGCUGCUGUCGUAACGAGUUCUGCUCUGCAGUUCUGCUUUCUGCGCUGGCUGCAGCGCGGGGAGGAUGUGAGCGCGAGCCCCUCCCGUCACACGCUGAGCGCUGCUGCUGGGACACUCGCUUUCUCUCAGUAGGACCAUGUGAACAUGGUGGACAUGUACUCCAGGGUUGGCUCGCGUUACCGGGCCAAGCAGCGCCUGAGUCUGCCCGCGGUGCCUCAGGAGGAGAAUGAAAACAUCAGGUCAGCUGUGUACGUCAACGUAGCACAGCUUCGCCAGAGCAUCUCUGAGUCUCCUCCCUCGGCGCCUUCGUCCUACUCUCCUUCCUACCUCGACCCGGAGGGAUGGGAGGUGCACGUUGAUCGGGACAGUGGACAGGAGUACUACCACCACCCCCCCACCGGACGCACCACGUGGGAUAAUCCCUUUCUAGACCCCUCACCUUCACAGAGCCCUUGUUUCCCCUCACCCCCACCGUCUCCCGCCUACUCUCUGCCCCCCCCCUCCCCUCCUGCGUGGCCUUCAGACUGGGAGCAGCUGGUGGAUGAGACCAGUGGUCGCCCCUACUACCACAACACAAUGUCUGGGGAGACGUCCUGGGAGCCUCCGGAGCAGCAGAGCCCGUAUCCCCCGUCCAUGGAGCCCAUGAGUGUGCACAGGUUUCUGGAGGACGCGGCGCCGCCUCUGCCUGAGGAGGACUACCCCCAGGUGGAUUACCCAGCCGUCAGCCCGCCCGAGGCCUACAGCGAGGUCCGCGCCACGGGACCCCCCACCCUCCCCAAAGAGUUUGCCCACGGCCAGAACUGGCCCGGCAUCCCCAGGGCCAACCUGGACCGCAGCAACUCCACUGGCUGGAACCUCAACGUGGAACCCAACGGGACCUGGGUGUUCUCCAGUGAGCACUGCUCAGACCAGUGGAUCAAGUCUGCGGACGAGCGAGGGAAGACCUUCUACUACCUGAAAGACGGCUCCAAGUCUCAGUGGAGCCUGCCUGAGGCUCCGGCAGCGGCUUGUGGCGCGUCCAGGGUGGAGAACGGCGACGUAGACAACGCUUCCGUCAUUAAGAACUGGAGGCACACCAUGGGCCCGUCCCAGUUCAGCGCGCCCCAGGAUGACAUGAGGUUCGUUCCGACUCACCGGAGGAACACGUCGGACUACAGCAGCGACAGCUCCAGCACAGGAAACUCCCCAGAGACUCAACAGAAUGCCUUUGGGUUUAGACCCUGGAGAAACCCCUAUUAUCUGACCUCCAGGUGGCUGCGCUAUAACCUGCAGAACUUAGAGAAAGCAGGAAUCCUCAACAAAACAAAGGUGUCAGAAAACGGCAAAAAAGUCAGGAAAAACUGGACCCAGACGUGGACGGUGCUUCACGGAGGCGUGCUGACGUUCCACAAGGACCCCAAGUCUGCAGCCACGGGGGCCUCGAACAAGACUAAUCAGAUUGUUCCAGAGGUCAUGGUGGAGCUGCGAGGAGCCGUGAUUGGCUGGGCCUCCAAGGACAAAUCCAGCAAGAAGAAUGUCUUAGAGUUAAAAAGCAAGAACGGUACAGAGUUCCUGAUACAGUACGACACAGAGAGCAUCAUCAACGACUGGUACAAAAUCCUAACGGACACCAUCCGGCAACUGGAGUACAAGGAACAUCACUCAGACGAGGACGAUGCAGACCUUUAUGAGAAGAUUCCCAACGUAGAACGAGAUGACAAACCUGCCGUCGCUGUAGAGAAGCGAAGACGUGAGCCUAAAGAAAACUCCUCCAAACCUGCGCCCACACCCUCCACCAGCUCCAUAGGAGACACGGACCAGAAGAAGGUCCGAACCAAGCUGAUGAAGUUCCUCAUGAAACGUCCGACGCUGCAGUCCGUCAAGGAGAAAGGCUACAUCAGAGAAAAUGUGUUUGGCUGCCACCUGGCCACGCUGUGUGCCCACGAGAGGACCACAGUCCCGAGUUUUGUGGAGAAGUGUACCAAAGCAGUGGAAAGGCGAGGUUUGGACAUUGAUGGGCUCUAUAGAGUGAAUGGGAACCUCGCUGUCAUUCAGAAACUGCGCUUCAAAGCCGAUCAUGGUAAAGUUUACUUCACUCAUUCAGCAGACAAGCAGAUGCUCCCUCUCUGUAGACCGCGGCGCCCCCUGCUGUGCGUUAAGGCUCUCCGCCUGCUUUGUGUCCUUACAGAGGAGCUGGACCUCGAGGACGGCCAGUGGGAGGACGUUCAUGUCAUCACCGGAGCGUUGAAGUUGUUUUUCCGAGAGCUUCCUGAGCCGCUUUUCCCAUUCAGCCACUUUAAUGACUUCAUCACAGCCAUCAGAAUUUCAGAUUACAAGACAAAAUUAUCCUGCAUCUCUGACUUGGUCGAGUCGCUUCCUCCUGCAAAUCAUGAUACCAUGAAACUCAUUUUUGGGCAUUUGUGCAGGGUCAUCCAGUACGGGGAAGACAAUCGCAUGACUGUGCAGAAUGUGGCCAUUGUGUUUGGCCCGACGCUGCUCCGGCCAGAGAUGGAGUCAUCCAACAUCGCAAUGCACAUGGUGUUUCAGAACCAGAUAGUGGAGUUCAUCCUCAACGAAUAUAAAAGUAUUUUCCACCCCAGCUAAAGCCUCCUGCUCCAUCUGAAAGGCUCAGUUAACCUGUGCAUGCUUACAAAUACAUUUAAGGGCUCCUUACGCAAAACAUAUGAGGUUUAACGAGAUGAAAGGAUCAUCCACUGAUACAUAUGAAGAAUAUUUACAGCAGGUCACCUUUCACACUGUUAGAAGGAUCUUUCACAGUAUUGUAGAACUGAAAAUUUAACCGCACAUGCACAUUUGCUUUUGGAGCUGUGGAUGUAGAAAAUAUUCUGAAUUGCAACUCCUUCCUGAAAGCGACCAUUUUCUUGAAAAUUAGUUUUUGUUUAAAUUGCAGUUAUAAUAGAGCCAAACCUGGACACAUGCAUUAAUUCUCUGCCUAAUAAAUUAUCAUUAAUUGCUUCUAUCAUAAGUUUUAGAAAGUUUAUUGUUUGAAGAGAUAGUUUUGGAUUAUAUAAUAUUACUUGGUAAUAUACAAUAUAUCACAAAUGGCAAUAACUGAGAUUAUUCUAAACUGCAUUUUUUUGGUGACCUCUUCUUUGUAAUAUAGAAAUGUAAAAAGUUAAAUAUUAAUACAAAUGAAGCAACUUGCUGUGAAUUAGAUGGUGACAUAGGUUAUUUUUCACUGAAAUGUAAAAUAUAAUUUUUGAUUAUGCUGUACUGGAAAAAGCUGUGUAAUAUUAACAUAGAAGUAUGAAUGAAUGAUUGAAUGAAUAUAUAUUUUUAACAGUUGGUAGUACAGUCAAUGCAUAUUAGAAGAGAUUUGUGCUUGUAAAUAGACAUAGAUGGUGUAUUUUAUUUGUCGAAGGUUAUCUAGAAAUAAAAUAACUUUCUUAAAAAACGAAUAACUGUCUUU